GAGGUCAUGAAGACAGCAGUCGACAAAAUGCAAAAUGAAGUUGAUCUCAUCGGUGAUGGUUCACAGGUUCAUAGUCUCCCAACGGUACAAGGCAGACACAAGGAUCUCAAGUCUGUGACUCCACACACAGUCAGUCAGCUUCUGACAGGAGAGUACGAUGACGUCAUUUCCAGCUACAGGAUCAUUGACUGUCGUUACCCAUAUGAGUAUGAAGGUGGUCACAUUGAGGGUGCCGAGAACCUUCACACCCACGCUCUGAUCAAAGACUUAGUGACCAGUCUACAGGGGCGAGACUCCACUCAACGGAACAUCCUGGUCUUCCAUUGUGAAUUUUCAUCAGAAAGAGGCCCGAAACUAUUGAGACAUCUUAGAAACCUUGACCGGAAACUGAACAGUGACCGUUACCCUUUCCUCUUCUACCCGGAAGUAUACCUGUUAGAUGGCGGAUACAAGCCCUUUUAUGAACAACAUCAGUCUCAGUGCAAUCCAAGAAAUUACGUCCCCAUGAUGCACCAGGAUUACUCCAAACAACUACGUCACUUCCGAGUAAAGUCCAAGUCAUGGACAGCAGGAGAAAAACAGAGCAUGCGCAGUCGACGUCUCAUAACAGAUUCGUCUCCGCUUAAGAUGUCUCCAUGGUGUCCCCAAAACCUUUGGAUGACAGGAAAGCUGGUUUCCAUGGAACAAGGAAGUCACUGUUCGGAGGGAAGAGACAACGUGACAAUGGUGAUGACGGAGUUUAUGUUCAAGCAAGGCAGAUUAAGAAACAAAAAACAGCCAGCUGUGGACAUAACCUCCAAGCCGAAGUAA